GUUUAGUAGCUCUGUUACUCUUCCAGAGCUUAAUACUAGUACAGUAGAUGUACUAAUGUGCCUUUAUUAUUUAUUAGUGUUACUGUGAGUAUGUUUGCUGAAUUACAAUCUUUUAUUCUAGGAUCUUUUUCGAACAACGGAUCAUCUAUUUUAGAAGAAAUAUUGUCACACAAGUUUCCAGAAUGGGAAGAAGAGGCAGUCUCCAACAUGUUGUUCAUGGACAGCCCGAUAUACAUAGUGACAUUGUCAAUGUUAUACUUGGCGUUUGUCACAACAGUGGGACCCAAGAUAAUGAAGCAUCGCAAACCCUUCAGUUUGAAAUGGACCAUGAUGGCGUAUAACUUGGGCCAAGUCGCGCUCAACGCUUGGUUCCUCAUCAGUUUUUUUAGUGAAGAGGGAAUGACAGAACAUUUAUUGAAGGAGACAUUCCAGCCAGUUAUUCCAGCCAGGAGCAAACGCCUUAGAUUGAUUAGCCUCAGGUACAUUUGGAUAUGGUGGCUGAUCAAAGUUUCAGACCUCGCUGACACGGUUAUAUUUGUGCUACGGAAGAAACAGACACACGUAUCCUUUCUCCAUGUCUAUCACCACUUCAACAUGUCGUUCUUCUGCUGGCUCUAUUUCAAGUAUAUUCGAGGAGAGUGGCUGAUAUUUGCUGGUCUGAUAAACUCUCUGGUCCACAUCAUUAUGUACUCGUACUACUUCCUGGCAGCUCUGGGACCCAAGCUGCAGCCGUACCUCUGGUGGAAGAAGUACCUUACGAGGAUGCAGCUGGUCCAAUUCAUGAUCAUAUUCUCCGUGCACGUCUACCUUGCAAUCUUCCAGAACGUCCCAACUCUUCAAAGGCUCUUCCUCUAUUUCGCAAUAUCUCAAACCAUCAUCUUUACGAUUCUUUUUACAAACUUUUAUAUAAAGGCAUACAAACGUCCUUCUUCAAAAACGCAGACCGGUGUGAAAGUCAAAAGUAAUUAAGUAGUUUUUUUUUUUACAAUAAUAGGUUUUUACGUACGUAGUGUAGGCAAAUAUUCAUAUAGUCCAACGAUUAAUAUUGCUCAGUUGAUUACAUGUUUCGUUGCGAAGACAACAUUCUCAAAGCUUGCAACUCGCCAAACUACAAUCAAAUCAAGCACGAAACAAAAAUAACAAAACACAAAAAUGAUAAUUUAGUCCAGCGCGAUGUGGGGUCGGUAGCGGAAAACUGUAAGUCGAAUGUAAGAUUGUAAGCUUGCAACGAAAUAUGUAAGCUACUGAGCAAUUUUAAUAGUUGAGGUAUUUGACCACAGGUACGUGAAAACCUAUUAGUGUCUAAAAAAAUAGUCCAGGGGACAGAAACACGAAUUUUGAUAGUUUUUUGUUGUAAUAUUUUUGUUAUGCAUAUUUUGUCCUUAUUAGGUAAAUAUUGCAUUUAUACAAUAUUAUGUUUAUAUAAUUACCACAUCGUCGUUGAUUUGAGUCCUCUUCCUGUUUGAUAAACUAAAUAAAAUGUUGUCAAUAAAAUGGUUACAACUUU